AGCCCCUCCUACCUUCUCUGCAAAACACCAUGGGUUUAGACGUGGAUCGCUUCGAGGAAGAAGUUCAGGAGGACUUGUUAUGCCUCUUGUGCAACAAAGUCAUCGAAAAGCCGUCCUCCAGUACGUGCGGACACCUUUUCUGCGUCGAAUGCCUGCAGAAAUCGGUCGGGAAGAAAAGGAACUGUCCACAUCUCAAUUGCGGCACACCUCUGGCCGUCCCUGUGAGCUCUCGACGUGACGAUAUUGCAGGAAAAGAAGCUGAGGUGGCUUUGGCCGAAAGGCUAGGGAAGCUGAGCAUCCAUUGCUCGCACCAGAGCACAGGUUGCACGGUCGUGGUCCCGUGGACGAAUCUUGAUCGACACGCAGAGAGCGAGUGUGAGUACCGACCGACGCCAUGCGAGAACAGGGGUUGUAAGGUACAGUGUCUCCGCAACAAGCUCGAAGAGCACAUGGAGCGCUGCGAGCAUCGUAUCGUGGAGUGCAAGGUGUGCAAGGCGCGCCUGCCGCGGAAGGACAUGACGGCACACCAGGCCGUUCGGCGGUGCUUCGAGGAGCUCAACAAGCGCCGGAGAGUUGCCAGCGCUCGCCAGUUCAAGUCCGAGCUACGGGACCAUCGUCUGGAGAUGCAGCACCGUCGUCACCAGACGGAGCAGGCCGAGAGGAGGAUCGAGAGGGAGCAUUAUUUCCCGCCGGACGAACACUGGCAGAGAAAACGAGCUGCCAGCGCAGGUCCUGUCCUAAUGCGGGCUCAGUCAGUGGGGGCGCGAGUCGGCAGUGCGAUGGUCGUCUCGCACUACGCACGAAACCUACGGAGCGCGGCCGUGUUGGACUCUUGCCGCGGCUGCUCCAAUCGCUUCCUCUCAGGAAGAAGACCAAGUGCUAGGAGACAUUCACACGCUAAGCCGGUAAGUAACUAAGACAGUGCAGUGCUUGUGACUUGACUGACUCCCCCCGUGCAGUGUGACCAUUGUGAGUAUUGGAGACGAUGGAACGGGCCGCGGGGAUGGGCCUCCCUUGCUACAUAAGAACAGCUAUAGCUAUGCACACACACAGUCAUGCAAGCCUCACUUUUCCUAUUUUUGUAGAGUAUUGACUUUUAGUUACACCUGGUAUAUAAAUUUGUUGAGAGUAAAGUGCCACUUAAAAUAGUUGGCAUGAAAUGGGGCCUCUAAUGUAAAGCUUUUGCCACAUCAUUCGAGAGCGUUACUUUGACACGGGCCCUCCCUCUCCAUGAGCCUCUGCUCCAGUAUGGUGCUCAGUCCUUCAAACUUGAAGUAACCAUCAAAGUAUUUGUUGUUGAAGACGAACGGGUACCAGAGCUUGUCGUCAGGC